UGGCCGAGAGGGCAGGACACGACGUCGACCGUGCGUGGUCCCGGCAUCGGUUGCGCGCGCGCUCCCUCCUCUUGGAGAGAGGGCUGUGGUAAAAGCCGUUCGGAAAAUGGCCGCCGCCGCUGCUGCCGCCGCCACCACCGCGCCGAGCGGAGGAGGAGGAGGCGAGGAGGAGAGACUGGAAGAAAAGUCAGAAGACCAGGAUCUUCAGGGCCUCAAAGACAAGCCCCUGAAGUUUAAGAAGGUGAAGAAAGACAAGAAGGAAGACAAAGAGGGCAAACAUGAGCCACUACAGCCUUCAGCCCACCAUUCUGCUGAGCCGGCAGAGGCAGGCAAAGCAGAGACAUCAGAAAGCUCGGGCUCUGCCCCAGCAGUACCAGAAGCCUCUGCUUCCCCCAAACAGCGGCGUUCCAUCAUUCGUGACCGGGGACCCAUGUAUGAUGAUCCCACCUUGCCUGAAGGUUGGACACGAAAGCUUAAGCAAAGGAAGUCUGGCCGCUCUGCUGGGAAGUAUGAUGUAUAUUUGAUCAAUCCCCAGGGAAAAGCCUUUCGCUCUAAAGUGGAAUUGAUUGCAUACUUUGAGAAGGUAGGAGACACCUCCUUGGACCCUAAUGAUUUUGACUUCACGGUAACUGGGAGAGGGAGCCCCUCUCGGAGAGAGCAGAAACCACCUAAGAAGCCCAAAUCUCCCAAAGCUCCAGGAACUGGCAGGGGUCGGGGACGCCCCAAAGGGAGUGGUACUGGGAGACCCAAGGCAGCAUCAUCAGAAGGUGUUCAGGUGAAAAGGGUCCUGGAGAAGAGUCCUGGGAAACUUCUUGUCAAGAUGCCUUUCCAAGCAUCGCCUGGGGGCAAAGGUGAGGGAGGUGGGGCUACCACUUCUGCCCAGGUCAUGGUGAUCAAACGCCCUGGCAGAAAGCGAAAAGCUGAAGCUGACCCCCAGGCCAUUCCUAAGAAACGGGGCAGAAAGCCUGGGAGUGUGGUAGCAGCAGCUGCUGCAGAGGCCAAAAAGAAAGCUGUGAAGGAGUCUUCCAUACGCUCUGUGCAUGAGACUGUACUCCCCAUAAAGAAGCGCAAGACCCGGGAGACAGUUAGCAUUGAGGUUAAGGAAGUGGUGAAGCCCCUGCUGGUGUCCACCCUUGGUGAGAAGAGUGGGAAGGGACUGAAGACCUGCAAGAGCCCUGGCCGAAAAAGCAAGGAGAGCAGCCCCAAAGGGCGCAGCAGCAGCAGCAGUGCCUCCUCACCCCCUAAAAAGGAGCACCAUCAUCACCACCACCAUUCAGAGUCCCCAAAGGCCCCCAUGCCACUGCUUCCACCUCCACCCCCACCCCCACCUGAGCCUGAGAGCUCUGAGGACCCCAUCAUCCCCCCUGAGCCCCAGGACUUGAGUAGCAGCAUCUGCAAAGAGGAGAAGAUGCCCCGAGGAGGCUCGCUGGAGAGUGAUGGCUGUCCCAAGGAGCCAGCUAAGACUCAGCCCAUGGUCGCAGCAACCACCGCCACAGUUGCAGAAAAGUACAAACACCGAGGGGAGGGAGAGCGCAAAGACAUUGUUUCAUCUUCCAUGCCAAGGCCAAACAGAGAAGAACCUGUGGACAGCCGGACGCCCGUGACGAGAGAGUUAGCUGACUUUACACAGAGUGGAUUGCAAAGCAAACCAACAAGAAUAAAGGCAGCUGUUGUCUCUUCUCCUUAUGGGUAGGGCUCUGACAAAGCUUCCCAACUAACUGAAAUAAAAAAUAUUUUUUUUUCUUUCAGUAAA